ACAAAACCCUUACUUUGUUCAUGUUUGAACACUAAUAGCCUAUUCAUGAUCGCAAGUUAUUUUCCCAAACAACUUCGAUUUAACACUGUAUGGAGAUCGGAAUGAGUUUUUCUACCCCAAAACACAUCCCUAGCGGAGAACCAAAUGGAGAGCAGUCAAACAAGGAGGAAGUCUUCUCAGGUGAUGAACAGACUAAAGACACUCCACCAGAGAACGGUGCUAUAAUGUCCAAGAAUAGCAUCUCCACCUGGCCUUUCAGAACACUCUUCGAUCUUUUAAAGAUAGCCAAGGGGAGAGUCAACCAAAGCAUGCUCAACUUCAUCAAGCAACAUCUCAAUGGCACGAGGCUCAUAUUUGUGGUGGGCGAGACCGGAUCUGGCAAGACCACGCUGUUAGGAGAGAUAACAGGCCAGGAUCUCAAAAUUGGACAUUCAGCCAAUUCAGGGACCCUUGGCUACCAGGUACUCCCGGCAAUAAUCCACGGCAAGCAAUACCUCUUCGUCGAUACACCGGGGUUCGGAGCUGCGGAUCUGCAAAAUAGGGAGGUAUACGAAGACAUAAUGAGCUGUGUGUGUACUCUGGGACAGUGGGUAACUGUUGCUGGAAUCAUGUUUGUUCACGAUGCCAGGCAGCAAAGACUGACCCAAAGUGAAAUGACAACUAUUCGGUGGCUGGAAUGCUUUUGCGGUCCUCAGUUCUUUCAAAAUGUCACAAUUGUUCAAACGCAGUGGGACAGGAUUACUGAAGAUGACGUGGAUCAAGCUCGCGAUAUUGCUGAAGAGCUACAAACAUCAGCAUUUAAGGAUAUUCUCUUCCCGAAACACGUCAGAGGUGGGUGUGUCUACAACCACGGAGUGCGUGUGGGGAAUGGUAGCGAUUGGGACAUAUUCUCCAGAAAAAGAAACCCGGCAGAACGAUCCCAAAUGGCCGCGGAUUUCGUACAGUACCAGUAUGAACGUUGCGAUGGAGUUGGGAGGCUCCAGGUUCUGGAAGAGCUAGCUCAAGGCUGGGGACCCUAUGAAACGGAGGCAGCAAAGACUCUUUUUAACGCUUCUAGUACUCCAAUGAUAUGUGUACUACGAUACAAAGCCUUUGUGGUGGAUCUCGACGAGGAAGUUAUGCCCAAAGUGAAAGAAGAGGACGAGGCUACUGCAGCAGAACCAUCAGCGAAGCAGCAAGCAGCCGAAAGUUCGACAUGGAAAUGGUGGGAAAUUGCAAAAGAGGUAGCAUGGACUUUCUGGGGCUUUGAAAGAACUGGAACGACCAAGUUUACGGAAUAUAUGGAGUCGGUGACUACGGAUGUGUGGGAAAGAUUGAAAGGCUGGUGGUCCGGAAAGACGCCACCUCAGUAA